AUGCCGUGGAAACACGAACGUGUCACCGGUCCCGGUCGAAACUCACAUCCUAUCAGGCUUCCUCCCAUCUCAUCAUUUGACCACCUCUUGCGGAACGAUGGCGACAUCGGCGACGGAGCUCAGAACCAGCUGCUUCCGUCGUUGCUAAUGACAUCAACACUUUCCAUGUCACGUGAUUUUGGUCUUGAAAUCAACAAUAAUAAUAAUAAUAAUAAUUGCGACACAGCGACAACAGGUGUAACGCGUAAUACCUACCGCGAGAAUACUACUGGACCUGACCCACUCUUCAGCCCUCAAAGUUUUGCUCGGGAAACGCAAAUACAGUCCAAUGGCUCGGUUUGGAGUUCUGUCACUUUCCACGGUAGUGUCAUGACACCUGUUCCUGAGCUCACGUCCCCGAAAUCAACACUAUUGUCGUCGUCAAAGCAGGGACCUGAAGACCGAUCACCAAAGCUCAGGCGCAAAAAAGAGUGUUCAAUCUGCCACGGAUUUUUCGCAAAUUUAUCCACCCACAAAUCUACACAUCUCAACCCAGACAACAAACCGCAUAAAUGUCCAACCUGUGGUCGUGGAUUUGCACGAAGCAACGACCUCCAAAGACACCGGGCACGCCAUCUAAAGGACGAAAUCGUUAGUGGCAAUAAUUGCCUGUCCUUAGGCUCCCAUGACAGAUCAAUGGACACUGACACCGAGUGUAUCACUUCCGACGGAGCGACGUGCUAUGCGUCCGAAUCGCAGAUGGCCAAAGGAGCGUUUCGGUGUCCAUACAACGCUGUGAUCAUUCAGCAAGAUAUGGCCAAGCAUUCAGACGAGCGGCACUCUCUCAAUUUUGUACCGUCGCAAUGUCAUUCGACUGGCGUUUUCUCGCGCUGCGACACCUACAAAAAUCAUUUAAAAGCUCUACAUUUUGAGUACCCGCUCGGGACUCGCAAGAGAGACCGCUCUUCAAAUUGCGGGAAAUGCCGGCAUUGCCAGCAGGAAUAUUCCAAUGUGAACGAGUGGUUGGACGACCACGUUGGCAAAACGUGCGGUUACCAGUUCCAGUGUCAAAACCAGGCGCAACCGCGAAGUAACCGUUAG